GUUGUGCGUUCUCGUCCAAGAUGGCUGCGGGAUCUUCAGCGUGGUCCAGCUCCAGCCUCUGACCUGCRGGGACGAGCUCCACCGGUUCUGCCAGCUGUGGCAGGGGAGGACCUGUGUGCUGAAAGGCAUUAAAGUGGUGCAGCGGGUCACCAGAGAAAGGCACUCCAGGCUUUUCAGCUUGAUAGACAGCCUCUGGCCCCCAGUACUGCCUCCAAAAGAUCUAGGAAAUUCACCCAGUAUUCCUAAAGAAAGUAGAUGUCCGGGUCAAGCACCAAGUUUCUGCUACCUGCUGUCGGGUCAGCAGAGUUCAGUCGAACCCACCGAGGGGCAGAUUACAUCGCCACACUACCUUCCCCCCACCAAGCAAAGCCUUCGACACGUACUGCAGAGCCAGCAGAAAACCUGCCGCUGCAGUUUCGUUGCAACUGUUGUAUACAAGAGAAUGCAGAGUCCUGAUGUAGGCCAGGGGGAGGUGUGGUUGGUGAUCACAGACCCCAGUCUUCAGGAGGAACAGCCUGAGAGGCCGUGCGGGCAAACAGUGGCUGUGUGUGUGAACACUUCCUGUGUGCUCACUUCCUCUGUCCUCAAAGCACUGAAUUCCCCCGCUGCCUGUCAGAUGUCGUUCAGAGACGCCAUCAGAGAAAAUGGCGUUCUCCUCUGUGCGGAGCAGUCCGUUAUUGAGGUGUGCUCCGCCGAGACGGCGACAGGGCGAGACUCGCUCUCCCAGCCUGUGCCUGAGCCCCAGGUGGAGACCCUGCCCCGGCCCUUGAGACUGGAUUCUCUGAGUCUGGAGACCACACCCAACUCCCUCUGUACUCUCACAGGGGUGAUAGUUGGUGUGGAUGAGAAUACAGCAUACUCCUGGCCUGCCUGCAAUCUCUGUGGAAGUGACAACCUGGAGUUGUCAAAAGAAGCACCUCAGAACUUCCACUGCAUCUCUUGUAAAUCAGUGUUGGACAAACCGGACACAAAGGUUCAGCUGGAGGUGUUCCUGACCUCCUCCACGUUAAGCGGCUGCACCUUGAAGGUGAAGCUGCAGCAAAAAACGAUCUUGUCCCUGCUGAACGCCAGCUCUCUGGAAGGUGAUGAGCUCCAAGGUUAUGAUGUGGAGAGUGUUCUGGGAAGAGAGGUGGGUCCCAUCCCCGUUUACGUCCGAGUCGUCACCAGGAAGCCUGCCUUCUGGAUGGGCCUGGAAGAAAUCUGCCUCSGAGGCUGCUGAUAGCAAUCCUCAGACUUUGGCUGGCUCCAGAGAUCUGCAUGCCGGGCCUUGAUCCGCUCCAGUUUAUCCUGAACUCCCCACCCCCCACCUUUCUGAAGGCCUCUCUGACAGCUUGAGGCUGUGCUGAACAGAGCGGGGCUACGAGAAGACAAGGUUUGUUUGUGUUAAAUGAUAUGGGAUCCUGUGCACCAGGAGAUGACAGCCCAUGGGUAGGCCCGGUGGUUCUGUCAAAUUCCACCCACGUGGAUCAUAUCUGGACUCUGAAAGCACAAGUUUUGACAUAAAAGAAAUAAGAAAAAGCUUGUUCAAGAUUACUGACACUGUCAAUAAAGGAUUAUUUUUUGCUGA